UAUUACUUUUUUUUCGCUGUUGAAUUCUAGGGGUUGAGCUAUGGAGACCGGAGGCAAGUUCAAGAAGGGUGCCGGAGGGAGGAAGGCCGGCGGUCCCAAGAAGAAGCCGGUGACGCGUUCGACAAAGGCCGGUCUCCAGUUCCCGGUGGGAAGAAUCGGCCGGUACUUGAAGAACGGCCGCUAUGCUCAGCGGGUCGGAUCCGGAGCUCCUGUUUACCUUGCUGCUGUGCUCGAGUACCUUGCUGCUGAGGUUUUGGAACUGGCUGGAAAUGCUGCAAGAGACAACAAGAAGAAUCGCAUUAUCCCAAGGCAUGUGUUGUUGGCUGUGAGGAAUGAUGAAGAACUUGGAAAGCUGCUUGCUGGUGUGACAAUUGCUCAUGGUGGUGUGCUUCCCAACAUCAACCCUGUGCUUCUCCCAAAGAACACUGGGAAGACGGCUGCUAAGGAGCCCAAGUCACCAUCCAAAGCCACCAAGUCCCCGAAGAAGGCGGCUUAGGAUCAACAUCUCUCAGUACUUUGAUCUGAUCGGUAGUGUAUGUCGUAGUCAUGUAUCUCUCUGUAUGGAAUCUGCGUGUCUGUAUCUCAUUUCUAGGGUCGUCAUGCGCUUAGGAUUUCAUAUCGUUGUACAAACUUUGUUUCCAUUUCCUGUAGAACUUUGAUCCUUCGUUUCAGAUCAAAUGAAAUUUGCCGACUUUCAAGUCA